AGCGGAGCCUGCGGAAGGCGGCGGCGGCACCUGCGAGCGGAGGCCUAGGCGGGGCAUGGCGGCGCCGACGGCCCUGUGAGGGCGAAGCUGCCGCGGGGCCCGCCAUGCGCCGGCGGCCCUGACAUGGGCGCCAGCGGCUCCAAAGCUCGGGGCCUGUGGCCCUUCGCCUCGGCGGCGGGGGGCGGCGGCCCGGAGGCGGCUGUCGCUGAGCAAGCUUUGGUGCGACCGCGAGGCCGAGUCGUGCCCCCCUUCGUAUUCACGCGCCGCGGCUCCAUGUUCUAUGACGAGGAUGGGGAUCUGGCUCACGAGUUCUAUGAGGAGACAAUCGUCACCAAGAACGGGCAGAAGCGGGCCAAGCUGAGGCGGGUACAUAGGAACCUGAUUCCUCAGGGCAUCGUGAAGCUGGAUCCCCCCCGCAUCCACGUGGAUUUCCCUGUGAUCCUCUAUGAGGUGUGAGCCUGGGGGGUGGCAGGCAUAAACACCCCCUGCCCCAGCAAGAAACCCCCAGGCUCAAGGUGUGGCUUCCAUUGAGGAACCUAGGCUGGGGCCACAACCGUGAAUAAACUCCACUGGCCCGGAACCUUCAGCUGUGAGCAGGGCAGUCCUACAGUGCUGGUUGGGUGUUGGUUUGUAUGUGGACAAGAGGUGGCUGGUGGCUGGCAAGGGCUGAUGGCAGAGUUACCAGUCCACCUUUCCCAGCAAUCCGUACAAGGAGCAUGGCAGGGCAUAUGCUGGUCAAGAAUGCCUGGUUCCUGUGCCCUUGCUUGGCCUGCAUUCUUCCAAGCUUGCCUAGGGCCCAGCCCUGCUGGAAGCUACAGCACUUUACAAGUGAGGUCUGCCUUUUUCCAGCCCCAGGGCUGUGGGAGCUGUACACAAGUGGGAACUUCCUUUCCCUCACUUCCUUUACCUUCUCGUUGGAGCAUUUCAGCCGUUUGCUACCUCGAUUCCUCCUGUGUUGGACAGAAGCUGGGGGCAGAACAAGCCUGAUUCUUCCUGCCUACCUGCCCAUCUGUUCCCACCCCCAGAUGGAUGGACAGUUUGCUGGCUGUUAAUAGGUGUGGGAGGUUUCUCAACCCCGGGCUGGGCUGAUCCCUCCCCACUGCAACUAGUUGUUGACCCCCACCCCAAUUGAGAGGGCAUAGGAUGGGGAUCAGGAAGGGCUCUGGAUGCCUGUGCCUAUGGGGUGUUGCCACAUCCCACCUACUGUGUCUAAUCCCCCUUGCCCUUACACAUCCACCACCCUGUGAUAAGGGACAGCACCCUAGGGCUGGUGCCAGUAGCUCUGAGGAGCCCACCACCCCUUCCCCUACAGUAUACCCAUCCCUUCAGGAUCAGUCAGAGAAAAGUACUGGAGCCCUGGGUAGGGACAGAAAGGAGAGAACAAUCAUAAAGGAAUACUUAAAAUGUGAAAGCUUGUAAAUAGUCUAGUCCAUGAUGUUGGGGCAGAGUCUGAUUUCUACAUAAAAAUGACUUUUUGUUUUUUUUUAAUUCCUUACUGUGCAAACUCUGUUCUUUAAGCGUGUGAGAAAUGGCUUGGGGAGGGUAGCCCUCAAUCUAGGAAGGCUGUUGUGUUAUUUCUUCAAUAAAAUUAUUUGUAGACCCUGCA